AUGCGGUUUUCAGGGUCGCUCGUUUCCACGCUUCUGCUGGCAGCAGCUGGCGCUGUUCAAGCAGCAUCUUCCUGGGGAUUUGAUGAGGGAAGCAUCUCUGUGACCUCUAAGAAGGGCCCUGAUGGCAUCAAGGAGAAACUGAGCCAAAAAUCUCCCUUGUCGAAGGUCGUCACAUUAGGAAGCCAGGAUACCGUCACAAUUAGCUUGACUGCGAAGGACAAUGGCAAGGCGAAGCGACCACACCAGGCGUUCGUGCUUUUGAAGGACGAGGAGACUGGUUUGGAGGCACCCUUCCCUCUGACUGUCAAGGAUGACGGAAAGGCGAAGGUUCAAAUCUCUCAGAAGGAUAUCCCCGUGCAACUCCUCUCAACUCCGAAGCCUCUGAAGGCCACCGUCGUUCUCGCAUCCUUCGGUUCAGCCCAAGGCCUCCUCAGCCCCGUGUUCGACAUCGAGUUCAAUCUCGACCCUAACGCGGCUGCGCCCGCCGCCGAGAAGCCCCUUCGCUACGGCAAGCUAUCCGAGAUCCACCAUAUCUUCCGGGGAGAUCCUAAGAGCCCUCCCAUGGUGGUGUCAUUCUUCUUCACAGUCGUGGUCCUUGCGCCACUGCCAUUGCUUCUUGGAGUGUGGUUUACGCUCGGCGCCAACGUCGAUCAUCUCUCGAAGGCGGUCUCAGCGGCUCCCCUGUCCUAUGCCGCUUUCAUCGGCUCCAUCUUCGCGAUGGAGUUCGCGUUCCUGCUAUACUACAGCACCUGGAAUCUGUUCCAGCUUCUCCCGGCGGUUGGUGUCCUCUCGACAAUCAUCGUCUUCAGCGGCAAGAAUGCGUUGGGCGAGGUACAAAGCCGACGACUAGCUGGUGAGCGUUAA